AUGGAUGUCGUUCUCAACUUGGUGCCAGUACCGUGUCUUGCGUACGCUUACGCUUUGCUCAAGCUCAUAUGGACCACAAUCACCGCUUUGGACACUCUCAAGCAGCAAUUGGAAGCAUUGGCGAGUACUACGGCGACGUUGCUGUCGGUGUUGGACCGGGAGCUCAAAACCCGCAAAGUCGUCCCUGAAGAGAUAUCAAUCCACCUACGGGAAACAGAAGACGUUCUUAAACACGUCCUCACUUUUGUGAAUAAAGUCAAAGAACAGGGAUUCUUACAAAAUCUGUACCACAAGGACGAUUACCUUGUCCAGAUCGACGUUUUUCACAAAAGGAUUUUGUCGCUUAUGCAUGCGUUCCAAAUCUCCUCCUUCGUAAAUGUCCAGGAAAUGCUGGCUCAAUUCAAGAAAUCUCGGAAAAAGGAUCGAGCAGUGCUCCUUAGCCGGCUCCGGAAGCUGGAGAAAAACCAGAUGUUACUCAUGAAGAUGAUCGGAGCCAACCAAGAAAAUAUCAUAGCUAUGAUAAGCUCUCUACAGCAGCAGACCAAUAAUCGCGCCUGCAGCAACGUCGAACAACGGUUCUUUACAAAGACUCUUCACCAUUUGUCCACAAUCAGUCAAAAACCUGUCAAGACUGAACCUUGGACGAUCACUUCAUAUGACGUGGAACUUGGGAAACUGGUUGAUGAGGGCGGUUUCGCAAAGGUGUACAAGGGAAUCUGGCACCGAAAGAAAGUCGCAAUCAAAGUCUUCAAGACGGACGUUUCGCCCAGCCCUGAGAGUAUUCGCAAGGAAAUAGAGAUCUGGGCCUCCCUUCGGCAUCCAAAUAUCCUCCGUGAGUUUAUCAACCACGGCAUCAAUCAUCUCAUCAACAUCGCCCAUGGUCUUCUGUACUUGCACUCGCGUAGAAUCGUGCAUGGGGAUCUCAAAGACGUAAAUGUCCUGAUAGACGACGCGCAGACGGCCGUCCUCUGCGACUUUGGAUUAUCCCAAAUUCAAGAAAAUAUGAUGACACGCACCAGUCUCCCGAAGAUUGGGAGCCCGAAUUGGAUGAGUCCCGAGCGCCUGUCUGGGGAACCUCUGAGGCCCCCAGCAGAUAUAUACUCCUUCAGCAUGACCAUCUAUGAAUUAUACACUCUUCAAAUUCCCCUGGCUCACUUAUCGAACGAGGACUUCCUUCCAAUGGUGAGCUAUGGCGACCUUCGUCCUCAACGACCAGAAUCCAGCCUGAUCACCGAUGCGAUUUGGAAUGUCAUGGCGCAAUGCUGGAGGCGUGAUCCCGCGAAGCGACCUACUGCCUAUCGCGUUUCUACCAUACUAGAACACCUACGCAUCACUCAACAAAAGCAUCGUUCAAGGCUUCAUAAGCGAAUUCGGGGUGACAAGGACACGCCGACUGGUAUAACGUACAGUAGCGAUACCGACUGCGCCAUGGCACUACCAUGGUGA